CACCCCCGCCCCUGGUCCCGUCAGCGGGGUCCGGAGCCCACUGUGCCGUCGCCUCUUCCUUUUUCGACGCCUCCGCCGCCGCCUGAGCAGGCGAGCUAGCCGGGAGUUACACCGCCACCGCCAGACUCUAAAAGCUUUAAUAUAUAAGAAAAACAAGAGCUUUGUGAGAGAUGGUGAUGAAAGCAGUAUAACUAUGAUUUGAGUUUCAGAAGUCCAAAUGAAGCAGGCUUUUGGGGUGAUAUAUUGAAAGAAGAUAUCAAUUGACAAGAUGGAUAGAAUGACAGAAGAUGCUCUUCGUUUGAAUCUGUUGAAGCGGAGCUUGGACCCAGCAGAUGAACGAGAUGAUGUCCUGGCAAAGAGACUCAAAAUGGAAGGGCAUGAGGCCAUGGAACGUCUAAAAAUGUUGGCACUGCUCAAAAGGAAGGAUUUGGCAAAUCUUGAAGUGCCACAUGAGUUACCCACCAAACAGGAUAGCAGUGGUGUCAAGGGCUAUGAAGAGAAACUCAAUGGGAAUCUCAGGCCUCAUGGAGACAGCAGGACUGCUGGGAGGCCAGGGAAAGAAAACAUCAACGAUGAGCCUGUGGAUAUGAGUGCUCGACGGAGUGAGCCUGAUCGAGGAAGGCUAACUCCAUCUCCAGAUAUCAUUGUUUUGUCUGACAAUGAGGCUUCCAGUCCUCGUUCUAGCUCCCGAAUGGAAGAAAGACUUAAAGCAGCCAACCUAGAGAUGUUUAAGGGGAAAGGCAUUGAGGAACGGCAGCAGCUCAUCAAGCAGCUGCGAGAUGAGCUACGAUUGGAAGAAGCCCGACUGGUGCUAUUAAAGAAACUGAGACAGAGUCAGCUACAGAAAGAGAAUGUAGUCCAGAAGACUCCAGUUGUACAGAAUGCAGCAUCUAUUGUUCAGCCAUCUCCUGCCCAUGUGGGACAACAGGGCUUAUCCAAGCUUCCCUCCCGGCCUGGGGCCCAAGGGGUUGAACCUCAGAAUUUGAGAACAUUACAGGGUCAUAGUGUCAUCCGUUCAGCAACCAAUACCACCCUCCCACACAUGUUGAUGUCUCAGCGUGUUAUUGCACCAAACCCAGCCCAGCUACAGGGUCAGCGGGGCCCACCUAAGCCUGGCCUUGUACGCACCACAACACCCAACAUGAAUCCUGCCAUCAAUUACCAACCACAGUCAAGUUCUUCUGUUCCCUGUCAGCGCACAACAUCCUCUGCCAUCUACAUGAACCUUGCUUCCCAUAUUCAGCCAGGGACCGUGAACAGAGUGUCUUCACCACUUCCAAGCCCUAGCGCCAUGACUGAUGCUGCCAACUCACAGGCUGCAGCCAAACUGGCUCUUCGCAAACAGCUGGAAAAGACACUCCUGGAGAUCCCACCCCCAAAACCUCCUGCUCCCUUGCUUCACUUCCUGCCUAGUGCAGCCAAUAGUGAGUUCAUCUACAUGGUGGGCUUGGAAGAAGUCGUACAGAGUGUCAUUGACAGCCAAGGCAAAAGCUGUGCCUCACUUCUGCGGGUCGAACCCUUUGUGUGUGCCCAGUGCCGUACAGAUUUCACCCCUCACUGGAAGCAAGAAAAGAAUGGUAAGAUUCUGUGCGAGCAGUGUAUGACCUCCAACCAGAAGAAGGCCCUAAAAGCUGAACACACCAACCGACUGAAAAAUGCUUUUGUUAAAGCCCUUCAGCAGGAACAGGAAAUUGAACAGCGAUUACAGCAGCAGGCAGCCCUCUCCCCCACUACGGCUCCAGCUGUGUCCAGUGUCAGUAAACAAGAGACCAUCAUGAGACAUCAUACACUUCGACAGGCUCCACAGCCCCAGAGCAGCCUCCAGCGUGGCAUACCCACAUCUGCCCGCUCUAUGCUUUCAAAUUUUGCACAGGCACCCCAGUUGUCUGUGCCAGGUGGCCUCCUUGGUAUGCCAGGUGUCAACAUUGCGUAUUUGAACACUGGCAUCGGAGGACACAAAGCCCCCAGUCUGGCAGACCGACAGCGUGAAUACCUUUUAGACAUGAUCCCUCCCCGGUCUAUAUCGCAGUCCAUCAGUGGGCAGAAAUAACGCCUGUUCCACUUGUCCUGCCCCAACCUUGAAUCCUUUGCCCCUUGAAUCCUCUCCCAUGCCCCCAACUUCCGUCGCAUGCAGUGCCUGUACUGGUGCCUACCAUACACGGAAAGCAAAACAGAAAAACAGAAGACAAAAGAUAGAAAUCAACAACACACGCCCUGCCCCGCCACCUCCCCUUUACUUCACACUGCUGCGAUCUGUCCUGCCACUCUGUCUUCUCGCUCUGGUUUUCUUUAACAGUGAAGUGGAUCUUUGCCUCUGGUGGAGGUCAGAUGAGGUCCUGGGGAGAAUCUAAGCCCUCUGACGUGUGUUUCUAAAGUCUGUUUUAUGCUGUAAUUAUUAUCAUUUUUAAUGAUGUUGUGUGUCUUCCCUUUGUUCAGUGGACGGUUAAACUUUCCCCCCCAAUCUUUUUCUUUCCUUUCUGCGUACCAGUCUUUCUUUUUUUAUUAUUAUUAUUAUUAUUUUUUUUUUUUUGUAAACACAGACAACAUUCAGUGAAAUGAUAGGAACAUUGCAGAGUGCAGCAGGUCCCCAGCUGCCAAGCAGGAUGUGAGUGGGAAUGGCAGAGGCAGAAGUUUUGAAUGCACUUAACCCGAGUCAGGGCAGGGGCGGCAUCAGAGGAAUGGCCAGCGGUGGGUGUGUUGGGGCUAGACUGUUUGGGAGGCAGUGUUUAGAAUUGAAGUUGGGCUCUAAGAAUGAGGGGAAAGAGCCUGGAAGGAGAAGCUUUAAAACUCCCCCACUCUGGAAUUUACCCAUGGAGGAGGGGGAGAAAGAGAAAUAAUGGUAAGCAUGAUGGUGAGCCAAGGAGGACCGAGACCUGGUUCUGGCCUUCUGGAUCCUGGGGUAUAAGUUGGUUUCUGACCCCAUUGGGACAUGGAAGUCUAUUCCAGGCCAACUAGCCCAAAAUUAUUUCAUCUUAUUUUAUUUGUAAAAUUCUCCCCCACCCCACCCCCUUUUUAAAAUCCUGAUCUUCCCCCUCUAACCACAGCUCCAUCUAUAAUAUAGAGGAAUGGCUGUUGCCACGUUGACUUUGCUGGGUGUCCUAGAAGUUGGAAUGGGUAUGAGUGAGUCAGGUGACAAAAGGAGGACCUAGACUUAGAAGGAGGAAGAAGGGAUUUUUCCCCCAGCAGUUGAGAGGCUCACAGGUGUCUGCCCCUCCACUUCCUGAGAGCCAGGAAGCAAGGGUGAGAGCAUCCAGUCAGGUCGGAGUCGCGCCCUGGCACUGCUGCACAGCUGCAGGACCGGCUCAGAGCCAGGCUGCUCAGAUCAGAACCAGCUCUGGAUCUCUGCGAGACAAGUCAUUCUCCUUCCCCCCAGAAUUCUAGUAAUUUUGCUUUGUUUUAUUUUUAUUUUUUUCUUAAGCGCUACUAAUAUAGAGAAUGAAUUGAAUUGUGCAAUGUUGCUAUUCUGGUGAUUGGGGAGAUUAGCAUCCCAUUUGCCCACGCUGUGAGGGAAGAGGGAGGGGACGGGGCUGUUUGAGGCAAGAGAAGCCCCUGGAGUGAGGGCUUCUGCUCUCCUCAUGGCUGCCUCUGCCUGCCCCCCAGCUCCAGAAGCUGCGGGAGGUGCCGGGGGUGGUGGUAGAGGUCUGAGGAGGAUUUCAGUACUUUGCCCUUGAAAAGCCACCUAAGGAAGUUCCCUCAUUUUUAUUUUUAAAAAUUAAAUAAUUUUUUAAAGUAAGAAGGCACUUUUAAAAUUAACACACACCCAAACUGCACAUCUUCCCCAUAAAACUUGGGGGUGGGGUGGGAGAAAGAGCUGAAAUCGGGCUCAGUUUCCCACUUUGGCCUCUACUCUCUGCACCCCAGUGCCACUGUGGGUGAUUGUACUGGCCCUACGGGCCUUCCUGGCUUUUUUUCUUUCCUCCCUUCCCCAAAAUUCAUUGAGCACUUAAUUAAGGAGCAGAGAUGCAGCUAGUGUCUGGGCUCCCCACGCGGUGAAAUGAUCUGGAAGCGAGACACUAGACAGGUAGUGGUCGGGUCGUUUCAAGUAUUUUUCUGGGGAAUGUGGUACCCCUGACUGUAAGUGGUGGGAGAGGGAGGGGGGUUAAUGGAACUGGGUCUGGGAUUAUUUUAAAAUUAUAUAUAUAUAUAUAAAGAUAUAUUCUUACAUCUUUUCUUUGCCCUCUGUGCUUUGAAAGCACUGGAUAAGAGCAUUUGGUUUUGCUUUUCUCUCUUCCACAAAAUUGGAAGUGUGUGGGGGUUUUUGUGUGGUUUUUUUUUUUUUUUUUUUUCCUUAAUGUUUUUUACAAGUCAUCUUGCCUUUUGGCAUGUCCUUUUAGCCUCCCCCCCAACCCUCCCCCCCAUGAUGAAGUGCCAUUUCUGUUACAUCUCCCCCUCCCCCAGCUCAGAGGUGCUCAGAGGUACAAGGUACCUACGUUUGUCAGUUGAGAUUAAAAGUAAGGAACAGAGAAUGUGCAAUACCGUCUGGCUGGGGGCUGUCCCUGCCCUGAGCUGAGUCCCUUCCCUGGGAGCCAGGCCACCUUGGAGUGGGGUUUGGAAGUACAGUGUGUAGAGAUGGGGGGAGAGAAGGGAAAGGAAAGCCCAUAGUCCAGCCCCACUUGGGUGCUGCGGCCAUCUGGGAGAGGGUGGGUCUUCCCUGGUUUGAGUCCCCUCAGGGUCAGUUACAUGAAAGCUGCUUGUUGACUAGUAUAGCUCGGUGACCCUUUGCUCAAUUGCUGAGGUUUGAUUUCUUCCCCUUCUUCUCCCAGUGUCCCUACCCUUCCCAGGGAUUAGCAUGGGGGUGAGGUUGUCUUAAUCAUGGUGAAGUAUUAGCCUUCCACCUCCUCCCUCCCCUCCGUCUCCUUGUCCAUCCGAUUUCUCAGUUCUCUGCUUUUUCACCACUGAUGACCUUGUCUCCCUCCAAGCCUCAUUAUUGGAACCCAUCCCCAGGCCUUGGGCCUUCCAGACACUAAGCCUGGUGCCCAAGGAUAGGAGGAAAGACCCUCCCCCACCCCAGCCCUGGGCUCUGAAGCUCAGCGUAUUGAUAGAAUGCGGAUCCCACUGAUCCUGCCUGGAUUCCUCCACCUCCAGGCACUGAAGUCAUUUAUGGACAGUGUCUUACUCCCUCGAAACAUGGGACGGGGUGGAUUAGUAGUAAGGCUUGGGGAAGCCUGGGAGACAGAGGUCUUUAUUUGUCAGUUUUAUUUCGUCAUUUGACCACAGCAUCUGGAUUCCCUUCAUCCCUGGAAUAAGUAUUUUUCCCACAUUUUUGGAUAUAUGUAUGGUAGACAAUUUUUUUUAAGACACAGAGAUAAAUGUUUUCCUGCUUUGGUUACCUUUCCUUUCCCCUUUAAAAGGAGUUAGCUAUAGAACUGCUUUGUAAAGAUGCUUCUUGAUAUUUUACUUUUGUUCCUUUUCCCCAGCCAUUCCUUUUUCUCCCCGAUCCUCCAGAAGGCAUAACCCUUCUCUCCACACACCCCACCCCCACCCCACCCUAGGCUCCCUUCCCUUCCAUCAAGACCUUCAUUAGCUUAUGAUAUUUGCUGCCGAGAUGUUAUAACAAGGACUCAUUCGUGUAUAUAAGCUAUUUCUUGAUCCAUUUAAAAGGAAUUGUACAUUGUGUAGAAAAAAAAAAAAAAACCUGAAAAAGAGAAAAAAAAGCCCUAGCCAUGGAUAUUGUGAAACUGUGUUACGUCAUUUUGUAAUGUGCCCGUUUGUGUAUGAUCCGUGCAAAAGGGUUUCUGGGGAAGGGGAGGGGGUAGGGAGGCAGGGCUGUGGAGGGUGGGUAGGGGAGUGGGCCGGGCCCAGCACACUGAGACUGGCAGCUGCUCCAACCCCACCCCUCCUUAGAGAUGCCACCUCCCCCACCACCCACCCCUAAUUUGUGCCUUGCCUCCCCACCCUGGAGUAGUCCCUCCGGGUCACCAGCACUGCCUUGGCAGAGCCCACUCCCUACCCCAACCUGCCCACCCUCCCUACUCCCCAGCAUUAGAUUGAUACUGUGGGGAAGUGCUGGGGGUUGGGAGGUAGCCGAGGAAUGGGGCAGUUCCCGGGGGCAUCGAAACCAAGUAUUAUGAAUUGUAAUUGUAUUUGCACUGUUUUUUUUUUUCCCUCUGAUUGCAUCAGCAUAUAUACAAUAUACCUAUAUAACAAAAUUCAGUGUCAAGCUUUCUUAUGCAAGGGAUUAACCCUACCCCACCCCUCCCCACCCCCUGAGAAGAAAGAACCUGAUCUCAUGGACCUUUUGAGAGUGGAUUGUCAGGGGACAAUGGAAAGGGUUUUUAAUUAGACAUCCUCAGGGGUCUUACCAGGUGAGAGCCACACAUAUCUGCAGUUUUAGGCCAGGUCUACUGAGGGGAAGCUGGGCUUCUGUGCUUGCCAGGGUGGCCAGUCCAGGGCCGUAGAGAGAAGCACUCACGCAAAGGGCAGCGAGGGGCAUAGUCCGGAGACCAGGGCUCUCCUAUGGACCUGCCUGACAUGUGGCCUUUUUGGUAGGUAGAUUUCUGGGCCUCAGUGUUUACCUGUGAGGUGAGAGUGAAGUCAUCCGGCCACCAGAUUGAAAGUUUGUGCUUCCUCUCUACCCACCAAAAAAAAAAAAAAGCGAAGAAAAUGUGGCACUGAAAACCAA